UCGCGCGAAUGACGAUGAUCCUGCUUCUUCCGCUGAGUGGCCGCAAACCGUUUUGCAAUCCGUGCGCUUUGGCACAGAUGGAAAAGGCAAUAAGCAGAGUUUACAACCUCAUUUAUAUAGAUUCAGAGUAAUGGUAUUGGAUCGUUUGGGACAAUUGAUAACUUAAUAAUGCUGGUCGUCCUGUGUAUGAUGAUACUCCUGCUGCAAUCGCAAGCAGACUCGAAGACGAUACGAGUCAAGUCUUCCGGAAAGAUUUCAUUGAAUUUUGUAUAUCAGCAGAGGAGAAGCACAAUCAUAAAAUGUUGCGGGAAUGUAAGGUGCCUGGGUAACCGCCCAGUUCUUUCAAAGCUCAAAAAUACGACAAAUGCAGAGGUCCUAUCAAAAAUUUCAUCGCAAUCUUCACCGAGUAUAAUCAAGAAAACAACCGUCGGAACGGAUGUGACGUCGGACAAUGCCGCAGAAGCAAAUUUGGACACGUCGCCCUCGUCGUUUGACCCUACUGAUGUCGGAGGGAAAACCAUUUCUUCGGCUCCAAGUGCGUCAUCAACCAAAAGCUUGACAGGAACAGCCGCAGGAUCAACAACGGUGGUGGCAAGAGCGUCAACAGCCGCAGGAGCAACAACAGCCGCAGGAGCAACAACGGCGGCUGGACAGCCAACGACGGCCGGAGCAACAACAGCCGCAGGAGCGUCAACGGUCGCAGGAGCAACAACAGCCGCAGGAGCAACAACGGCGGCUGGACAGCCAACGACGGCCGGAGCAACAACAGCCGCAGGAGCGUCAACGGCCGCAGGAGCAACAACAGCCGCAGGAGCGUCAACGGCCGCAGGAGCAACAACAGCCGCAGGAGCGUCAACGGCCGCAGGAGCAACAACAGCCGCAGGAGCGUCAACGGCCGCAGGAGCAACAACAGCCGCCGGAGCGUCAACGGCCGCAGGAGCAACAACAGCCGCCGGAGAGUCAACAGCCGCAGGAGCAACAACGGCGGCUGGACGGUCAACGGAAGCCGGAGCAACAACAGCCGCAGGAGAGUCAACAGCCGCAGGAGCAACAACCACGACUGCAACUCAAGAAGGUGUGGUUUCAUCGGAAGGAACUGCAACAACAGGAUCGACUACAACUGCUAUACCAACAACAACAACCACACAGCCUUGCGUCAGUGGUUUCGACAGAACGUGCCGGCCCGAACCAACGUGCAAAGUGGAUACCGUUGCUGUGAGCUCUCUUAAAUUAAUUGGGAGCACCUUGGACGGCGAAAUGGUAACGACCGGGAACGGCAAAAAAUACUUCAUGGGAUCCGACAACAAUGGUCUGACUUACGACGUUGCCGCCGCAGUUUGUUGCAAACUAGGAAUGAAACUUGCCGAAUUCCCCACGAUCGCCAGCUGGAACAACUUUCUCGACUACUUUAAACCCCUGACUUUCUCCAGCUGGGACUACAUCGGGCAAACGACCGACAAUGGCAACAACACCGACACGUGGUGCGGCUCCGGCACUCUGGUCCCUGACGGAAUCAUUCCCGCCGAUCUGUACAACAUUUCGUGCGGCACCAAGAACCUGAUCGUGCUCACUCCGGGAGGGAAUCUCACCUACAUCAACCCUCAAAAAAGUAUCCACCGCUACUUCUGCGAGUAGUUUUGUUCAUGAUCAGAAUAAAUGAUUG